UCCAAGCCUCAUCCAACCGUCCUUCAUCAAAUUAUAUAUAUAUAUAUAUAUAUAUAUCUUUGAAGAAUCACCAUUCCCCCAUGAAGCCUAUGAAAUCAAUGAAAUUCCAAGCCUCAUCCAACCGUCCUUCAUCAAACUCCCACUUCAUGUCUAAGCGCGGGAGACCAAGCUCACCCCCAACCUCCACUCGUCCUCCCUUAACUCCACCGCGAAAACAGACCCCAAACCCGACCUCCAUCUCCAAACCCAGAACCCACCGUUCCCUCUCCUUCUCCUCCUCCUCCUCCUCUUCUCCUCUCCAAUGGCAUCCCCUCUCCAUCCCCAUCUCCGAGCUCUCCCUCCCCUUCACCCUCCCCACCGGUCAAACCUUCCGAUGGCGCCGCACCUCCCCCUCCGCCUUCUCCGGUCCCAUUGGCCCCUACCUCGUCUCCCUACGCCACCACCCCGAACCCAACUCCCCGGUCUCGUUCCUCCUCCACAACCCUUCUUUCCCCUCCUCCGCCGCUGCUGUGCACAACGCUCUCCGCGACUACCUCAACCUCGAUGUCUCGCUUGCCGAUCUUUGGCGCGGGUUCACCGACGCCGAUGAGAGGUUCGCCGAUCUGGCCCGGAGGUUUGGGGGCGGGGCUCGGGUGCUACGGCAGGAUCCUUUGGAGUGUUUGUUCCAGUUCUUGUGCUCGUCUAACAAUAAUAUCAGUAGGAUCGAGAAGAUGGUGGGGGUGAUCUCGGCGUUCGGUGAGUCUUUGGGGAGUGUUGGGGGUUUUGAGUUUCACCAGUUCCCGACGCUGGAGCGGCUAGCUCUGGUCUCCGAGCAGGAGCUUAGAGAUGCUGGAUUUGGUUACAGGGCCAAAUAUAUAGUCGGUACAGUCAAAGCUUUGCAAGAAAAGCCUGGUGGAGGUGUAAAUUGGCUGGCUUCUCUGCGCGGAUUGGAGCUUCCUCAGGUGAUUGAUGCUCUUUGCACUUUGCCUGGUGUUGGACCGAAAGUUGCUGCAUGUAUAGCUCUGUUUUCCCUAGACCAGCACCAUGCCAUUCCUGUUGAUACUCAUGUGUGGCAGAUUGCGACACAAUAUCUCAUGCCAGAGCUUGCAGGCAAGAGCUUGACUCCCAAGCUAAGUAGUUGCAUUGCAGAUGCAUUUGUAGCCAAAUUUGGGAAAUAUGCUGGUUGGGCGCAAAAUGUUCUCUUCAUUGGUGAACUUCCUUCCCAAAAAUUGCUAGACAAUAAGGUUGGUGUAUCGAAAUCAGCAAAGAAAAAGCAGAGGAUAAAGAAAGCGGCUGUUGAAUUGCCCCUGGAAGGUGAUUAAAUCCCUCUAUGAGAAGUUUGCUGACCUGACCUGAACAGCUGGAACUCCUGCAAAUUAUAGGCUUGUGGAAAUGAAUGUGCCCUGCCACUCAGAGACCAUCCCUUCAAAUUAUCUAUCACCAUUUGUAUCAAAUGGCAGGAAAUCUUCAUAAAGCUUCUUGGCAUAUACCUGAUCACAAAUAUCUCAAUUUAUUCAUGUCUGAUGUUGGGUAUGUUGGGGUUUCCAUCCAUCCAUCCAUUUAUUUUUUUUUUUUUAAAAAAACUAGACUGGCAUGAAUUAGCCCAUUGUCAUUGAUGUCAUUGGAUGUAGAUUUGAUACAGUUAUCCCAGUAAGUAUGUUGUUCAGAAUA